GACCAAAACCGUGUCGCAAUUUCCAUUUCCUCAAGAAUCUAAUCGCCAAAGCCCACAACAACAACCUUCCGGAAGCUAGUGUUCCGGUGUGAUCCUAAUCUGCGUGCUCUCGGUCACCGAUCGUUCGUGGGCCAGACGGCUGCCGCCAGCAGGAAGAAAGAAAUAUGCUUUCGUGAAUGGUUUCAGCCAGCUGCUGGAGCGUGUAUCACAGGCCAAAAACCAUUAACAACAUCAGCAGCCAGUGCGAGUGAGUGUGUUUUGCGUACGUGCAAAUGUGAACACCGCCGUAAGAACUGCAACGUUCCUGCGCCACCGCGUGAACCAAUCCUUGCCUGCUGUGUCCACAAGGCCUGCUUGGCCUCCUUCUUCCUCCGACGAAAGCCCCCCUCUGCGCGACGAUAAUCUAAGCAGCAAUCGGGCUUUGUUGUUGCUGCAUGCCCCUCCAUCCUCAUCCGCUCCAGAAAAGGCUGGCGAGGUUGUUCGUUCCAGACGCGUAAACAGCGCACAACACGCACACUGAGCGAUAUGGCCGAUGAUGGAAAAAGUGCGGCGGAAGCUGGAUCUGCCGAAGGUGCCCCAGCCAGUCCGAAAAAGAGUGCAGCAUCUCCGGCCAGCCCCACGGGGAGCACCACAUCGGGAGGUUCUUCCAGCUGGUGGGGCUCCUGGAUCGAUACGGCUCGUACGAAGUCGGCCUCGGUGCUGGAAGCGGUAAAGAAUGAUCUUACAGAGCUUUCGACGGUCGUGAAAUCGGAAGCCAGCAGCGCCUCGGAAGCACUUGGCCGGACGCUGCAUCUCGGUGAACCCGACUCCACGGUCGGAGCGAUGAAGAAGAGCUUCAGCAGCUUCCUCGGUCAGGUAACGGAAGCGCUGGUACCGUCGCUCGAGGAUGACGAAGAAACCGAAGCGGUGCUAAUUACGGCCGAUGGCACGGUGACACUGACCGGCUUUCACAAGCAUCUGGCCGAACUGCAGGCACGUGAGGAAACGUACAUCGAGGAGCCGGCCGAUGAGCUGCGCGAAAAGUACAAGCGCUGGAUGGAAGUGGUAGAGCAGGAACAGUUUACAGAGCCACGGUUAAGCAAACACCUGGCCAGCAGCACGAUACUGAACGAAAAGUACGUGACGCUGGUACCGAGUCGCGUGGCACACAUGGAGUUUUGGAAGAGGUAUCUGUUCAAAAAGGCCCUUCUGGAAGAUGCCAUCGCAAACGCUGAGAUUGCCGAAAGAAAGGCAAAGGCUGCCGUUGCCUCAGCGGAAACCGUUGCCCCCAAUAAGGCGAUCGUGCAGACGGAUCAACCGAGACGGGCGAUUGAAGAAGUGGAAGAAGAAACUACCCCAGAGGAACCAUCCUAUCCGAUCGCGGACGAUCUCGCCUGGGCGGAAGUGCCUGAAUUUGAUGCAACGAACAUUGAGCUCUCGGAGGAAGAGCAGGCCCGUCUGCUGGAGGAAUACGAACAGGAAAUUCGCGAGCGUGAAAAGUCCCUCACUGGCAGUGGAAUUGGUAAGCUCGAGAUCGUUGACGAAUCCUUGCUGGUGCAGUCGGAUAUCGAGGGUACACCACAGCGAACGAAACCGACCAAAGCCCCAGCCAGUGGCAACAACAAGCAGCAAUCCAAAAAGGAUACCAAUGCCAAGGAACAACAGCAGCGAGCCAGUGGCCAAAAGUCCAACAACCAGCAACAACAACAAAACAAAGCCAGCACACAGAAACAACCGGGUAACAAGGCAUCAUCCGCCCAGAGUGUCAACACGGCCAGCGGCAAGACUGUAAAUAAGAAUGCGUUGCCAGCGAACAGCAAGAAAGGUGGUGGCUCGCAGCCUGCUCAGCAAUCACCAGCGACACAAGCCAGUGCGAAGAAGGACGGUGCGCUCAAGAUUGACAAGAACCAUUUCACGAAGGAGGCGGAAGCGUCGUCCUCCAACUCGGACGAAAGCUGGGAGAAGGAGUUUGAGAUGGAAUGAGGCGAAGCGAUCGAUCUGCGCCAGGAAUUGGCCCAGUGCGCCGGUUGGUCGUGAAUUCGUAGCAUUUUCUAUUCGUUUAUACUUUAUGGCAAAUUCUUCUUUCUUCCUCUCCGGUGGUGAGGCGGAAAUCGGGGUGCAAAUCCGUUCCGGGCGCGCUCAGGUGUGGCUCAGAUUGUGACAAUGUUUUUCUUUUCGUCUUAUCUCUCCCUAACUGCCGGCGUGUGCAUGUGUGCAAUGUUAUUGGGCGAUGCAGGGUGACAAUACCUUACCGUUAAACACGCGGUAACGGUAGUCCAUUAGCCCCCUUUAAUCGAACUAAACGCAUAUUAACUUGGCUUAAGUUUCUUUCGUAUGUUUAUAAGCUAGGGCAAACAGUGUACGUUGCGGACGAGCGAUUGUGAAGCAGGCUUAUGCUAGCAAACUACUAUUACGUACGAAAAUGUGUUUAAUUGUUUUACCCUUACACUCUCGCUCACAUCCCGACCGGCGUUCAAUUUCGUCGCAGCGUGGUAGAGUGAAGCGGAGUAGUACUAAGAAGGGGCAACAGGUCCCGACAAAAAAAAACCCCUGUAUCAUAGUGGGAUGACUUAUUCGCGAGGCGAAAGUAGCGUGACCGCCUCAUCCAUGGCGAAGUUGACAGCACUUAGCACCUGCUAGAGAAAUCUGUUUGUUUCCUUUAUCUCUUGUACGUUAGCUGAUUUUAUUUGAAC